AUGGCGGUGGUGAUUCACCAACCACCGCCACCACGAACAACGUUGUAAGGUGGGAGAAGUUUUUACCCAAGAUGACUCUUAGAGUUAUGCUGGUUGAAGCCGAUGAUUGCACUCGCCAGAUUAUUACCGCUCUCCUCAGAAAAUGCAGUUAUAAAGUUGUAGCUGUUUCCGAUGGUCUAAAGGCAUGGGAGGUGCUCAAAGGAAGAUCUCAAAGCAUCGACCUCAUACUGACGGAAGUGGAGCUCCCAUCGAUCUCAGGGUUUGCUCUUCUCACCUUGAUCAUGGAGCACCAAGCCUGCAAAAACAUUCCUGUCAUAAUGAUGUCGGCACAUGAUUCAGUUAGCACCGUUUAUAAGUGUAUGCUGAGAGGCGCUGCAGAUUUUCUAGUAAAGCCUGUUAGAAAGAACGAAUUGAAGAACUUAUGGCAACAUGUUUGGAGGCGACAGGCUUCAACCGCCGGCGGUAAUGGCAACCACGAAGAGAGCGACACCCAGCAGAAAGUCGAAGCCACUGCUGAAAACAACGCAACUAGCAACCGUUCUAGUGGUUACAUGGCCUGCAUUAAAAGGAAUCGAGAAUGCAUUGAAAAAGGAAGCGAUGCACAGAGUUCUUGCACAAAACCAGACAUGGAAGCUGAUGGACCAGCCAUUGAAGAACCCAAUGACCUCACAAGUACUCAAGAAAAGACCAUGGCUAUAGAUGUCAGAUGGGAGAAUGUUAACGCAAUUGUUGACGCCAAUGUUGCCAUCAACAGUACUUCUCGGGAAGCCAUUGAUUUGAUUGGAUCGUUUGAUAGUUACCCUAAACCCAGUUACAAAAGCUCUUUAAAUCAUGGCACAAACAAGAUCGAUCAUCCUACACCAUUGUUGGAUCUUUCCCUAAGAAGAUGUCAUCCAAGUAGCUCAGUGAAUCAGCUCAGUGAUGACAAACACAGAUUAAAGCAAUCUGAUGUCUCAGCUUUCUCUCGGUACAUCAAUAGAACACAACCACCACUAACAUCAGGAUCUGCUAGCAUUUCAAAUCUACAGAAAGAAUAUGAAACCAAUUCCGAUAACAUAAUCAAUCAACAAGCACAAGCGGAAAGCCAAAGCCAAUUCCAGUCACCCAAGGAAAGAGUGUUUCCGGUUCCGGUUCCAGUAAAAGGUUUACGGUUUGAGAAUCCGAAUCCUUGCUUGUUUCAACCAAAUCCCUACUACAUCUGCAAUCCCGAAUCUGCAGAUUUGGUGAUGGUGGAGAGGAAAGGGAGUGAUCAGGGACAUCAUACAACAGAAACAAUGGAAGAUAGAGGACAUCUUUCUUCACCUACAGAUCAUAGUGGAAGUAGCAGUUUCUGUAACAAUGGAACAUUAAGCCGUCUCAAUAGUAUAGGUAGUGGAAGUAAUGGGCAUGGAAAUUUAGGGUUUGAUGGGAAUAGCAGUCAUCGAUCUAUACAAAGAGAAGCUGCUUUACACAAAUUCAGAAUGAAGAGGAAAGAUAGAUGUUUUGAUAAAAAGGUACGAUAUGAAAGCAGAAAAAAACUAGCAGAGCAGAGACCUAGGGUGAAAGGACAGUUUGUUCGUCAGGGGCAAAUUAGUAAUUCUUCACCCAUGGAAGCUGAUACAGAAUUAGCUACCACAAAAGUAUAGGUAUUGAUAGUUGCUGGAUAUGAUUGGUGAUGGCAGAGUUCAGAUCUCAUAUCUAGGGUUUUUAAAGAGUGAGAGGAUGAAGAAGGCUGAGGAAUCUAAACUAACACAAGGACUUUUCACCUAAUACUAUUAGUUUUGGAUUGUAAAUAUUUGUAAUAUAGAAGUCGUAAUAUUGUUGUAUUAUUCUUUGAUCUUAAUUACAAACGUAAGAGUUCUGUGAGAG